AUAAUUUCAACACUAUUUAUUUUAUUUUUCUUUUUUUUUUUUUCAAAAAAAGCCCAUGUGGUCUGGUAAAAAAGCCGGUCAACUUAAAUUCAAAAAAAAAAAAAACAUACAAACUCUACAUCUGGCGAGUCCCAAACAGAGACCAAACCCCGAACUCCCGAACGCAGGGCAAAAGCCUGAAUCCAUGGACGGCGAGAUGGAGAGCUUCGUCAAGGUAUGGGGCACCGCCAUAACCCUUCUCUGUUACUGUUAUUUCGUAGCAGGGCGCAUUCCAAAAGGCCACGCCAGGCUCCUCUCUCUCCUCCCCGUCUUCUACCUCUUCUUCGUCCUCCCCCUCCGCCUCUCAGUCGUCCACCUCGCCGGCCCCACCGCCUUCUACCUCUCCUGGCUCGCCAAUUUCAAGCUCCUCCUCUUCUCUUUCGAUCUCGGCCCUCUAUCCCAAUCCCCCACCCCCAUCGUCCAUUUCAUUGCCAUAGCUUGUCUCCCCAUCAAAACCAGACCUCCCAAAACGCCGCCCUUCUCCAAAAUCUCCAAUACCGGCAACCACCCAUCUCCGGAUUCGGACAAAGACCCGAACUCGUCUUCCCGGAAUGGUUCCGGACUCGCGCUCUUGGCUAUAAAGGCGGUCCUCUUGGCUAUAAUCGUGCGCAUCUACGACUACAGAUCCCAUUUGCACCCUUAUGUAAUAGUGGCUUUCUACUGCUGCCACGUGUAUCUCGGCGUGGAAUUGACUCUGGCCCUGAGCGCGGCCCUGGCUCGAGCCGUCCUGGGACUGGAGUUCGAGCCGCAGUUCAACGAGCCGUACUUGGCCACGUCGCUGCAGGACUUUUGGGGCCGUAGAUGGAACCUCAUGGUCCCGAGUAUCCUACGGCCCACCGUAUACCAUCCCGUGCGGCAUUUUUCUGCGCCGGCGCUGGGGAAGGAGUGGGCCCCGGUGCCGGCGAUUGUGGCGACGUUCCUCGUGUCCGGGUUGAUGCACGAGGUGAUAUUCUACGACCUCACGCGCGCGGCUCCCACGUGGGAGGUGACGUGGUUUUUCGUGCUGCAGGGAGUGUGCACAGCGGCUGAGGUGGCGGCGAAGAGGGCGGUGGGGGGCAGGUGGCGGCUGCACAGGGCGGUUUCGGGGCCGCUGACGGUGGUGUUCGUGGGUGUUACCGGGAGGUGGCUGUUUCUGCCGCAGAUACUGCGGAAUGGGGUGGACCUGAAGGCGAUAAGGGAGUACUCAGUGAUGGUAGACUUCGCGAAGCACAAAUUGGCAUUGCACACCGUACUUCAGUGAUAUCGACCAUCCGAUAUGUUUUGAUUUGGGAGUGGAAAGAUUCUUAAUUUUAUUCUGUCUGAUUUUUUUUUUUUUUUAAAAUAGCCAUGAACCAAAUUCAUAACUAGCAUGCGUUUGAUUGAAUAAUUUGCAAUGAUUUUGGGGCAUGAAGCGAAGUCGUAAUUUAUUCUAA